GAUUCCGAGCGUCGUAGUAAUAACUUGUUUGGUGGGCAGUACGCACCAUUCCAGUCUAGCGGAGAACCAGUGCUCCAGUGGAAGCCCCAAAUCCCCGCGAAGAUCUAAUCGGAGCAGUAGAUAGUGCGUGGGUCGGGACCGAGUGCUUCGAGGUGCAAUCAAACCUUAAUCAAAAUCCGCGGGCAAGUGGAUCAAGCGGUGGCUAUAUAGAACAGCGAUAACCGACCGAAUUCCUCGCAAAUUACCCGUAAAUACUCCGGAUUUAAUUGUCGCUGUUCAGCUGGGAAAACUAAGCCUCGACUGGAAGGGGGGGGGAGAAAACAACACUGGAAAACCAGCUCCAACUCCAGCUGCAGCUCCAGUUAAUCGAAGCAAGAGAAGAAAAAACAACAACAACAACAAAAAACAAUAACAACGAUCGAGCUGACAAAAGAGAACGGCGACAAAACAAAGAAGCAGGCGAACAAAGGCACACAGAGCAACAAAAAGAACAGAGCCCCAAGUGUGGAGAAGUGGAGAGAAAGAAAACGAGAAGAAGCGAGGCACGGAUACAAAACAAGUCGGUCGCAGUCGCAGCAUAGAUACAGAUACGGAUACAGCCGCUGCAUCCACUCGCAGCAUCCACUAGGAGGAGAAUCAUCACCACUCUGCGGGGGAGGAGGGGGAGUAAUAAUAUUCAUCAGCCAGCUCAGCAGUGUUUUUUGUGCUGUGCACACAGCGUAAACACGACGAAAUUGUUAAUUAAGACGCCAAAUGUUUGGCAGUCGUCGAAAGUGCAAAGCAAAGCAGCAAAACAGCGAGAGAGCGCCAGAUAAGAGGUGUGUGUGUCUGGGAGUGUGGGUGCACUCUCCACUAGUGCCCGUGUGUCUGUGAGUGGGGUUUCGUUUCCAUUUCGUUGCGAGCACGUUUGCCCACCACCUCAAAAAAAAAAACACCAAACAGCUGUACCGCAAAGCUCACGACAAGUGCAUGCCGCCGAUCUCCGCUCUUCGCUCUCGGGGCCUCUCUCACACACCCGCAUCACGUUAUCAGUCAAUGGCACUUUUCUGCAACUGAUUCCGGCGAGCGGAUGAAAAGGGGGGCGGCUGCGGUGGAAACCGGGAACCUUCGUCUCGACAAGUCUAGCACCUUGCCAUUGGAGUCUUCCAGGCGCUCUGCCCCAGAUACACCCACAAUGCCACGUGCAGCCACCAGCAACCCUGAGGUUGCUCACCAAGACUGCGAUCUCACAGUGGCCGCCAUCAGGUCCAAAUCCAACACACUCAACUCCCAGCUGAACAGGGUGGGCACGGGAACCUUCGGGGGCUACGCCAUGGCGAAUGGGGCCGCGAAGCCAAAGCCGGUGCCGCAGAUGAUACUGGAGGCCUUGGGACUGCGAAAUCAGGCGCAGAGCCACGAGCCAACGUCCAAGGAUAUUGGAACCCUGAUAAUGCUGGGCGUAAUGUUUCUGCUGUUCGUGAUCGGCGUCACUGGAUUCUUCGUGAUGUGGUUCACCGAGUUCUACAACAACACAAUGCUGGAGAAUCUGAUUCUGGCCGAGAAUUCGGAAACGGCCAGAGACUGGCUCAACCCAGACCCCAAAUUCGACACCUUACUGAAGGCGCACAUAUUCCAUUAUCCCAAUAUCGAUGACUACUUGGCGGGGCGGGCGGACAAGAUAAAAGUCGUGGACGUGGGUCCGCUCACUUACCAAGAACACACUGUCAAAGAUGAAGUUUCCUUCAACAAUAACUUUACGGUCACCUUCAGGGAUCGCAAAUCGUACAAGUUUCUGCCGGAAAAGUCGUCUGUUGGGGAGGACGAGGUGCUGAUGGUUCCAAAUGUGCCACUUAUCUCAGCAGCUGGACACGUAAAACGCAUGGCGUACGGCGAUCGAUUACUCGCCGGCUUCUUCAUCAAACAGUACAAGGAGCCGCUCUUCAAAAAUCUAACGGCCUCCGAUUUUCUCUGGGGUUACGAGGACAAGAUCAUCAAGCUGAAGAGUCUGGGCAUGGGGAAGAGGCGCUUUGGCCUCCUGAUGAACCGCAACGGAACCAGCGUGGAUUCGGUGCAGCUAAACACAGGCGAGGACGACAUCAGGAAAUUCAGCAUUAUCACCCAGUUCAAUGGGAUGCCGCAGCUGGACUACUGGGAUGGCGACGAGUGCAAUCGCAUUGACGGCUCAGAGCCCUCAAUGUUCUCGCCGAACCUGCUACAGAAUCGAAGCAUCAUAAAUGUGUUCCUUCAGGUCCUGUGCCGGAAAGUGCCGCUCCAUUUCGAGAAGGAGGUUACCAUCUUGAACAACAUUGAUGCGAUUCGCUACAAGACGCCCAUGAAUGUGUUUGCCAAACCCGAAUUUAAUCCAGCGAACGCGUGCUACUGCAAGAACACGGAGAUGUGCUUCGAGAGCGGGGUGAUCAACGCCACCAAGUGCUACGGGGACUCGCCCAUCUUUCCCUCAUUUCCGCACUUUUUCACCGGCAAUAAGACGUACUACGAUCUCUUUGAUGGAAUUAAACCCGUGGCGGAACUGCACCAGACGUACGCCGAUAUCCAUCCGCGCUUUGGCUUUCCCAUCGGCGGAGCCUCACGCGUCCAGAUCAACAUCAUGCUUGACAAGACGCCAUUACUGGAAAAUAAGGCCGAGCGCAUAGCUAAUGCCACCAUACUUCCGCUGAUCUGGAUCGAGAUCACCGCGGGUGACUUCGGUGAAGAUGUGCUUCACACACUCUUCAUGACCACCUAUGGCCUGGACGCCAUACAGCUCGCUCUCAAGUACGGCACCCUUCUCAUAUCGGUGACAUCGUUCAGCCUUAUCAUCGCCGGGGUCUACUUCCUGAACAGCCGGCGUGAGGAGCAGCUCCAGGAGAGUAAGUCAUCCGCCGAGCUGGAGGCGUUGAACAGCGGAAUCGUCGUGGUGCAGCACGUCAACAUGCCGGUGUCGGUGUAGCUAGCCAUCCAUCCGUGUGAUCGAACAGUGCCAUUAGUUAUUUAGUUAGGGGCGGGUACGGGGGAAAGUUGUUGUUUUUUCAACUUGAUGAGAUUUUCGAAUUUGUCUGCGCUUAUCCUAGAAUAGUUCUUACCGAAUAAGAGUAAGCUUUAGUCUACAAAGAGUCGCCAGUUACCUUUAGUCUGUAGUUAUCAGCUGUAUAUAUGUUGUAAAAACAAAAUGUUCAAUAAACUGUUUAUGACUUGUA